AUGGCUGAAUGUUUCAAUGCAUGGAUAUUAGCAGCAAGGCACAAGACUAUAAUUACCAUGCUCGAAGAAAUUAGGGUGAAAAUGAUAAAAAAAAUAGGGCAGAUGAGAGAGUUUUGCAAUAGUUGCAUCAGUAACAUUUCUCCAAUGGCAAUGAAAGUUCUACAAGAGAACACUACUAAGUUUAUGAAAUACAAAAUUGAAUGGAAUUCAGACACAGGGUAUGAGGUGCUUCACGGAGAAUACAAACAUAUUGUGGAUGUUAAUGGACAAACCUGUAGCUGCAGAGCAUGGAUGUUGAAAGGCAUACCAUUUCUUCAUGCAAUAGCUGCUUUUCACCAUAGAAAAUUGGAGCCAAUUGACUACAUUUCCAAUUGGUAUAACAGAGAAGCUUACAUGAAGACAUACAACCACUUCAUUCAGCCACUUCUGAAUAUGAAAAUGUGGCCAGAAUCACAAAACAUCUCUGUUAUACCACCUCAUAUUAGGAAGAUGCCAGAAAGGCCUAGUAAGGCUAGGAGGAAAUAG